UCACUUCUGUCCAUCACUCACUGAUUAUAGUUGUGACUUGAUUGCCUGGUCUCUGAUCUCCAGGUAUCAUCAUUGCCAAUGUUUAAGAAAGCUCCUCCUCUUAAAUAUUAUUCACAAUCAGGAUUUGUCUGAAUUUUUGCAGUCCAGAUUUGGCAACCCUAAAGAAGACUCCAAUGAUAUUAUGACAUAGUCUCGUCAUACUCCGAUACAGAUCUAUUGCUUACCAACAUGACUAAUUCGGGGGAAGUGAAACCUACAGGAGAAGACUGUUUGAUCUGGCAUCUAGAAAAUGGAGUAUUGCAUAGUUAAUUGUAGAAUGCACACAUGCAGAAUGCAAACACACAUACUAAGUUCUUGCCAAACUGAAUAGCUUGGGACCCACAAAGAAGCAGAUGAGUUCUGUACCUUCAGAAAGAAGGAAGGAAGGGAGGGGAGAGGAAGUCAACAACCCUUAGCUUUCCUGCAAGAAAAUAAGGAAACGGCAGAUAGCCAUCUCAUUUUCUCAAAAUGUUUGGAAAAAUAAACCAAAGGAAAAGAAAUUCCUCAAGUAUUAUAUCUUUAUGAUGGAUUUCAUAGGGUGAAAUUUAUAAUUCAAUGGGUGGAAUGUCAUCAAAACAAACACAAUGUUCCAAAUACAGAGCCUUGUUUUGGAAGUCAGAUGCCCGUAUCUGCAAAAUGCUGCCUGCUUAAGAAUAUAAACAACAAGAAAGAGAGAGAUGGGUCAGCCCCUCCACCUUUCCUACACACAGUUGAAAUAACAUUCUCAGUAUCCCUUAAAGUGUACAUACAGUAAAUGUAUGUAAAGAGAUAAAUGUACGUACAGAACGAAAGAGGGAUUUUGUGAUAAUUAUAAGCCAGAGUUAUGUAUGUUUUUUAAAAGUUUUUUUAUUUUAUAAACAAACAUUUAGAACAUCAGUCAUUCCUUCCAUGUGACAUCUCAGUGUUUUCUUCAUGGCUCCAUCUUUUUGUUGUUUCUUCUUUCUUCACUUCAAUUUAAUCUAUUACCAUUUUUCCACAAAUACACUAUUCUAAUUAUACCAUUUUCUUACACAAUUAUCCAUUGCUUGUCUAUACUUUUCUUCUAACCAAUGGUAGAAUUUAUCCCAUAUCUUAAAAUAUUCUGAAUCCUCUCUUUCUUUAAUCAUCAAAGUUAAUCUAUUCAUUUCUGCACAAUCUAAAAUUUUUCUAAUAAUUUCUCCUCCUAGGGGUAUUUUCUCUGUUUUCCAAUUUUGCGCAAAAACAAUUUUUGCUGCUGUUAUUACAUGUAUAAUCAAAUAGAUAUUUUCUUUAGUGAUUUUCUCUGGUAGAAUCCCCAAUAAGAACAGCUCCGAUUUUGAGUCAAUGUGUUGUUGGAUCAUUUCUUCUAACCAACCCUUUAUUUUCUCCCAAUAAUUUUUGGCUUCUGGGCAUGUCCACCACGUAUGAUAAUAAGAUCCUGGUAACUGGUGAUAUUUCCAGCAUUUAGCUGAUUUAUCUUUAAACAUUUUUACCAGUUUCUCAGGUGGCAUAUGCCAUCUAUAAAACAUUUUGUAUUGAUUUUCUUUAUAUGCAGUGGGCAUUGCUAAUUUGUAGUUCCUCUCCCAUAACUGUUGCCAUUUGUCUAGAUCUAGUGAAUAUCCAAAACUUUUAGCCCAAGCUAUCAUUGUUUCCUUUACUUCAGAGGUUCCCAAUCUUUUUCGCCCGCGGCUCCCCCGGAAAUCCGACCUGCAACUGCGCAUGCGCACCAGAUGCCCCAGAAAUGGCGCAUCAGCGCCAGACCCAGCGGGCGCAGAUAUUCCGCGGCGCCCCCAUGACGAUAGCGCGGCUCCCUGGGGAGCCGCGGCUCACACUUUGGGAAUCACUGCUUUACUUGUUCAUCUUCUAACUCAAGACCCAACAAAAAAUUGUAAAUUUUUAAAAUUAAUUUAUCCUCCAUUCCUGUGAGAAUUCUAUCCAGCUGUGUCUUUUCUGGGUAAAAACCGUAUAGUUUAGCAUCUUUUUCAUAUCUUGUUUGUAUUUGCAUAUCAGAGUUAUAGAUGCUAUCAUUCAGUAAUUUCCUAUUAACUUUUCUGGUCUUGGACCUUCCAGAAGUUCCAAUUAGAUUGAAAAACUGAAACGCAAUUCAGACAACACUGAAAAGUAUCUAUUGGAAAGUAGCUUGGGUCUAGAAAUUCAGAUUAUUCCCUAUCAAGAUCAACUUCUCUUAAAAGAGAAAUUGACAGUGCUAGAGAUCACCUACAAAGCCUUAUAGUAUAUGACUCAGCCCUAGAAAGUCUCUUGAAGAUCAAACUGCAAGUCUUUCUGUAACACAUACUGCAGAUGAUGCAUCUGUCAAAGGACAGAUGCUUGCUGAAGAUCAGGAGAUGUGAUAGCAGGGAGCCAAAAGAAGACAUUCUGUAGGAGGCUUCCUGGCUUUGAAACAAGUGGCCACCCAUCUGGCCUGCUAGGAGCUUGUAAACACUCGGCUAUUGCAGAACGCCUUUGGGCCUUAGGUGCUAUAGAACUCCCAGUUGCAGGAAGAGUAUACAACUUGUAAUUUUUACCAUAACUUUAUUGUGCAUUUCUGUUUUGUAUGUUAUUAUAUUGUUGAUUUAGAGCUGCAAUGACCAAAAUACUUUUAAAAUUCAUUACUAAAUGAAUGGAUAGUUGACUUUCUUUUAUGUACACUGAGAGUGUUGUGUCUUGCCCGCCCUCAGAGCAGCCAGGGCCUUCUUACCUGCUCCCGAACACUGAGGCAUGUAUGCCUCCCGGCCCAAGUCCUGGCUCCAUGCCCACACAAACUGCAGAAGAAGGAGAAUCUCCCGGCCCCAGCCCUGACUCCAUGCCCAGGCAAACGGAGCAGCUAGACCCCUCCCCCUCCUCCACAGCAUGUGAGCCUGAGGAGGGUUUAUUCCCAACAGCUGAUUGGAGUAAUCCUCGCAUCAGAAGAUUGGAUAGGCGGAGGCAACAGAGGGAAGGGAGGGGCAGGCCUUAAUGAGUGCUGAGUCAUGGAGCCACACCCCAUGGCCUAUAUAAAGGAUCUACUUUCUGGCAGUCUCUGAGUCAGGCAAAAGUCGAACUUAUCUUGCUGAAGUCACUUACUGGUCUCCUGCCUUCUCUGAGGACUUUGCUAGGACUUUGGGCAGAGCUGCAGAGGCAAGCCUGAUUCGGAUUUCCCUGACCCGGCCGUCAGCGGAGGAGUGGGACACGACAGAGAGCAUAUGCACCAAGACAAAUUCCUUGUGUGUCCAAUCACACUUGGCCAAUAAAAUUCUAUUCUAUUCUAUUCUAUAUUCUAUUCUAUUCUAUUCUAUUCUAUUCUAUUCUAUUCUAUUCUAUUCUAUUCUAUUCUAUUCUAUUGUCUAUACAUAACUCUUGAACUGCAACUAUUUCUGGAUCUCCAGAUGAUGGUGAUAGCAUGAAGUACAUUUUCAAAACUAUAUUUAGAGUUUUAGCUGUUUCCAUUCAUAGACUAUUGCAAUUCACUCCACAUAGGUCUUGCUUAGAUAACACAAAGUCAGCAAUCAAAAGAAAGCACAGUGAUGAGAUCCAAUCAUGCUAUGAUGAAAAAUCUGCUGUUGAUGCUCAUUGUUGCCUUAGCACAAAUCACAGGAUUGUAGUCUUUAGAAUUUAGAUUGUGUAAGGAUUGACUAGCUGGUAGACUGCUUCUCCAAUUACUUGUCUGGGCACUUAAAUACUCAGUGGAAAUCUAUCCAGUGGUGGGAUUCAAGUAAUUUAACAACUGGUUCUUUGCGCUAAUGAUUUCUAACAACAACCAGUUUGCCAAACUGCUCAGAAAGUUGACAGUUGGUUCUCCCGAAGUGGUGGGAACUGGCUGAAUCCCACCACUGGAAACACCUCUCUCCACGGAAGCGGUCCCUGGUGCCAGAAUGUUGGGGGCCACUGUUUUAGAACACACUGAGAGAAUUAGGACUCCCAGACCAUCUGUCUGUCUGUCUGUCUGUCUGUCUGUCUGUCUAUCUGUCUAUCUAUCUAUCUAUCUAUCUAUCUAUCUAUCUAUCUAUCUAUCUAUCUAUCUAUCUAUCUAUCUAUCUUUUCAAAGGAUCGAUCCUCUCGCCCCUUCUGUUCAACAUCUACAUGAAGCCGCUGGGUGAGAUCAUCAGUGGGUUCGGUGUGAGGUACCAGCUGUAUGCGGAUGACACCCAGCUGUACUUUUCCACACCGGACCACCCCAACGAAGCUAUCGAAGUGCUGUCCCGGUGUCUGGAGGCCGUACGGGUCUGGAUGGGGAGAAACAGGCUCAAGCUCAAUCCCUCCAAGACAGAGUGGCUGUGGAUGCCGGCAUCCCGGUACAGUCAGCUAAAUCCGCGGCUGACCAUCGGUGGCGAGUCAUUGGCCCCGAUGGAGAGGGUGCGCAACUUAGGUGUCCUCCUGGAUGAACGGCUGUCUCUAGAAGAUCAUUUGACGGCCGUCUCCAGGAGAGCGUUCUACCAGGUUCGCCUGGUGCGCCAGUUGCGCCCCUUUCUGGACCGGGAGGCCCUAUGCACGGUCACUCACGCUCUCGUGACGUCUCGCCUGGAUUACUGCAACGCUCUCUACAUGGGGCUUCCCUUGAAGGGCAUCCGGAGGCUACAGUUAGUCCAGAAUGCGGCUGCGCGGGUGAUAGAUGGAGCCCCUCGUGGCUCCCGUAUAACACCCAUCCUGCGCAGACUGCACUGGCUACCUGUGGCCUUCCGGGUGCGCUUCAAGGUUUUGGUGACCACCUUUAAAGCGCUCCAUGGCAUAGGGCCGGGUUAUCUACGGGACCGCCUACUGCGACCAGAUACCUCUCACCGACCCGUGCGCUCUCACAGAGAGGGACUCCUCAGGGGGCCGUCAGCUAGGCAGUGUCGUCUGGCGACGCCCAGGGGAAGAGCCUUCUCUGUGGGGGCUCCCGCCCUCUGGAACGAACUCCCCCCAGGACUCCGUCAACUUCCGGACCUCCGAACCUUCCGUCGCGAGCUCAAGACACAUUUAUUCAUCUGUGCAGGACUGGCUUAGAUUUUUAAAUUUAGAGGGGUUUUAAAUUGAUUUUAAUAUUUAUAUUUCUAUUUUUAACAAUUGGUAUUAUUAAUUAUUGGCAUUAGAAUAAGUUUUUUAAUGAUUAUUUUAAUUUGUAUAUUGAUGUUUUUUAUAUGCCUGUAAACCGCCCUGUGUCCUUCGGGAGAUAGGGCGGUAUAUAAGUUUAAAUAAUAAAUAAAUAAAUAAAUAAAGGUCUUUGAGAGCUUUACAGCACUCUCUGAGCAAUGUUAGCAUAUUGCCCCCAGCAAUCUGAGUCCUCCUUUAGCCUCCUUUACCUUUCAUUUGGGAAAUGAGUUAAAUUUUACCUCUUUAGCUGGGGAUUUAAAUAUGUAUUAGUUUAAUUUUAAUACUGAUGUAUUUGUAUUGUGGUCAUGUGUGUGUGUGUGUGUGUGUGUGUGUGUGUGUGUGUGUGUGUGUGUGUUUGUGUUUGUGUUUGUAAGUGUUGGAUGGAAAGGUGGAAUAUAAAUGAAAUAAAUACAAAUGAUAUGAAUCUAAAAAUAUAUUUCAUAUAGCCAAGACUGUGGGUUAUGCAAGAAUGACUACUAGAAGUAGUUUCAUCUUCCUGAUAGUCCAGUAAGAUGCCACCACUUUAAAGUUAGUUCACUUUCUCCUACACAUUGAAUAACCAACUUCAAAGCAGUUAUAAGCUCUCAAGCAGAACAAUCACAUAGGUGAAUAUCAGCAGAGCUCUUUAGUCUGUAGCAUUUCCUCAAAAUAUACAAAAGGAGAAAACAAGUUUAAAGGAUAUUUUUUUUAGCACAGUUUGGUUAAUUUGCAUUGUUGAAUGGAAGAACAUUUUCCUGACUCACAUGUGGGAUGGAUGGAGCAGAAAGAAUAGAGCCUGAAUUAGGGAUACUUAACGCAGGGUUUUUUAAGUGUACCUUUUCUCCAUAAUGAUUAAGAUGGUUGAGAAUAUAUAUUUAUUUUAUAUCAGGUAACUUUAACUCUUUAGAGAUGGUAAAUCUUUAGAAAUAGUAAAGGAAAGGAAACAGAGCCUUCAGGAAGUAGCUAUCACCUUUUUACUUGAUAAGCUAGCUUUCCAGAGGUAGCAGGAUUCUUGUAAAAAAGGAAUAUUUAAUAUCGUGAUUUUGUCAUGUUUCUUUACAAGACUAUUGAAUAGGUGAUGGUUUUCAUCUUUAAAGCCAUACAUGGCAUGGGACCAGGAUUGGAAUAUAAAUACUAGAACAUGAAAAAAAUGUGGAUUAUAAAACAGAAAUGACAGUUAAAGUGGAAAUACAAAUGAUAAGCCAAGAGAAUGACCUGGAUAGUGACUCCUUACUGGUUUUAUGAAGGAAGUUUGUACCUUGAAUAAGCUUCUGAGAUGGAAAAAAAUGUUGAGAUCAAAUCCUACGACAAUAUCUGAAUGAAAUAAACAUUACAAUUCCUGGAAGCAAAGGAAGUAAUACAAUGUUGGUUUAUUUAACCGAUGCUAAAAUAAGACAUGUUUCUAUAGAAUUUUGAGAACUCUUUAUGAACUUUUGCAGACACCAGGAAUGAAAAUGUUAAUGAUGUAUGGAUUGACAUAUGGAUAAGGGAUGGUUUAUGGGAAGAAGAAAUAUUUUCCUGUAACCUUAUAAAGGAUGAAGAAUUACCAAGUUUGUUGAAGAUUGGAAGUCACUUUAAAUAUUUGUAUGCUUAUUUUUUUGCUUUUUCUUCUUUUCUCUUUCCUCUCCCCCUCUUUUCCUAGAAUUUCUGUUCUCUCUUUUCUUUUUAUUUUCUGAAUUUUGUUUGUAGUUUCUUUUAUUACUGUCUUUUUAAAAUCUUCAAUAAACAUUGUUAAAUUUGCCUCCUGUCACAGCACUUUCACACCCCAACUGUUCUUUAACCAUUCAGACAAAAAUAAUUGCAAUAACUGUAACUGAGCCACUCAAUUUUGAUUGCCAGUUGUUAAGUGAAUGACUGCAACUGUUAAGUGAAUCAUGCAGUCAGUAAGUAAAUCUGGCUUCCCCCAUUAAUUUUGCUAAUCAGAAGCCAGUUGGGAAGGUUACAAAUGAUGAUCACAUGAGAUUUGAUUUCAUCUGGGCUGUUAGUUGGAACAGUGCAAUUGUCAUAAAUAUAAGGUGUCCUCAACUUAUGACCACUGUUGACCCCAACAUUUCUGUCAUUAAGUGAGAUGUUUGUUAAGUGAGUUUGCCUCAUG